GAUGACCAUGGCUCUCACAAUGGAAAAGCUGACCACAAACUAUAAUGAAACAAUCAAAAAUGGUUUCUGCAAAGACAGAAGUAAUUUGCAUAUCUACAGCAAACUGAAUGGAAUGCGAGAGCUGAAUGUAACGGUCCUGGAUAGUGGAAUAACUGCUAAACAGUUUCUAAAGCAGAAAAUCACAAGAGAAUCUUUAUCUGGUGAAAAAAAUGCCUUCUUUGUAGCAGAUCUGGGAGUAGUGGUGCACCAACACUGGCGCUUUCUGCAGAAGAUGCCGCGAGUGAAACCAUUCUAUGCAGUGAAGUGUAACAGUACCAAAGAAGUGCUCCAGAUAUUGGCCCUCCUGGGUUGUGGGUUUGACUGUGCUAGCAAGUUGGAAAUAGACACAAUACUGGACAUGGGAGUGCCAGCUGCCAAUAUUGUCUAUGCCAACCCUUGCAAGCAGCCCUCACACAUCAGGCAUGCAGCCAGGCGCGGGGUAUGCAGAAUGACCUUCGACUGUGAAUCCGAACUGGUGAAAGUGGCAGAAAAUCACCCAGAGGCUGAGAUGAUUCUCCGCAUUAAGGCUGAUGACUCUGAAUCCUUGUGCUGCCUCAGCAAGAAAUUUGGAGCCUCUGUCCAGAGUUGUGAAGACCUUCUGGAGGCAGCAAAGAGACUAAAUGUCAAUGUUAUUGGUGUGAGCUUUCAUGUUGGUACUGGAAAUAAAAAUCCACAUGCAUUUGACAAGACCAUCUCAGAUGCCAGGAAGGUGAUUGAUAUUGGCCGGAAGCUUGGAUUUAAGAUGAGACUUCUUGAUAUAGGAGGGGGCCUGCCUGGACGACCUGAUUUUGAGCCAGCAUUCGAGCAGUUUGCAGAAGUAAUUAUGGAAUCUCUGGAUCACUAUUUUCCAUGUGAUGAGGGUUUUGAAAUCAUUGCAGAACCUGGGAGAUACUAUGUGGCAUCAGCUUUUACAGAAGCAAUCAAUAUUAUUACAAAGAAGGAGCUGAAAGGAGUAAAUGAAAAAGAUAGAAGGAGGUUUGCUUAUCAUCUAAAUGAUGGAGUUUUUGGGUCCUUCUUGGAAAAAUAUUUAAUGCCUGUGAAACUGACUCCCAUACCAGAAAAAGAUAUUGACCGUGCCCAGCCAUUCUUCUCCAGCAUCCUGUGGGGUCCGUGUUGUGCAGAAACAGAUGAGGUGAUGAAUGAAGUGGAUCUCCCGGAGUUGGAGGUUGAAGACUGGCUCAUAUUCCAGAACAUAGGGGCCUAUUCGAUAUGCUUUAGCACUCAUUUCAAUGGAUUCAUUCCACCGCCUGUUUACGCUGUGAUCACAAAGGAUUUAUGGCAACUACUGGAACAUCAGAGGCUGAGGGAGUCAUUUAGCCUCCUGCUCACUAACCGAAUAACAUGCUAAUUGCUUAAUUAUUUCUUUGCUAUUAUUGUGACAACAUCAGAUGCCCUGUAUUCUAACAAUUGUAUAUGAUUACUGAUCAGUAUUUUUAUUUUAUUAUAUAAAUGUGCCUACUUUUUCUAUCUUCAAAUUUUGUAUACAAUUAUUCAUGGAGAGUUCAUUUUUAAGAAUCUCCUGACAUAUUUGGAUAAUAAAAUGAGAUACUAAAGCCGUUAUAUGGAUAUCACAUCCUUGUGGAUAUCCUUUAUUUUCCAAAGAUAUAUGUCAGUAACAAGAUGCAUUAAUUGUCCUAACUACUUAUGAAUAAUAAAAAUGGAUAAUUCAGAUAUUAGAUAUACAUUACGUUUUUAACAUUUGCAGUGCCAAAACAAAAACUGCCAUUUUUAGUUUGUAUUUGUAUAAUAUGCGUCUGUGUUUUUUAAAGGGACACUGAACCCAAAUUUUUUUCUUUCAUGAUUCAGAUAGAUAGCAUGCAAUUUUAAGCAACUUUCUAUUUUACCCAUAUUAUCAAUUUGUCUUCAUUCUCUUGCUAUCUUUAUCGGGAAAGCAAGAAUGUAAGUUUAGAAGCCGGCCCAUUUUUGGUUCACAACCUGGGUUGUGCUAAUGUGCUUGCUGAUUGGUGGCUAAAUGCACCCACCAUUAAACAGGUGCUGUCCAGGGUCUAAACCAAAAAUUUUCUGGCUCCUAAGCUUAAAUGCCUUCUUUUUCAAAUAAAAAUAGCAAGAGAACAAAGAAAAAUUGAUCAUAGAAGUAAAUUAGAACAUUGCUUAAAAUUGCCUGCUCUAUCUGAAUCAUGAAAGAAAAAAUGUGGGUUUAGUAUCCCUUUAAUUAUUUUAAUUUGCUAUUGGGGGGUUUCUACUAAAGGAAUAUCACAAGAUCAAUCAUAAGUUAAUCACAAAAAAUGUAAUUGUUUUUAUAGUUUGUAUCUGGAAUUGUACUGCUUUUUUUAUUUAUUUUCUUUGCAUAUGUUUUUCUAAAAGGAUAACACACAUUUCUGUAUAAUCUUAUCUGUUUAUUGCAUGAAAUAUAAACCCUUUUUAGUACAUUAAAAACAAUGAAUUUUUAAGUAGACAUCUUUUUUUAAA